CGGGCAUUUAGCUUGGCAAUAUGGCGUCGGCCGGGAGGCGAAGGCCGCCGCUUUUUUUCUUCCAGGCUGUUCUGGGUUUCUGAGGCAGACUGGCCCUGGGUAUGGGUUCUCUGUCGCCGUUCAGUUUCCUGUGGGGACUCCUCCUGCUGCAGGGCGUCCUGAGGCCGCUGCGCGGGGACCCGGUUUUCAUUCCACCUUUCAUCCGGAUGUCCAGCCCUGAGGUCCGCGCGUCCCUGGUCGGAAGCAGCGAGGAUGUCACCGUGUCUCUGACUCGGCUGCAGAUCGAAGAAGGAGUGUUGCCAGUUCCUACUUGUGGUGGCCUCCACAAUGACACAGCGGAUGACUGGAAUGUGACUGUGAGCCCUCGACCGAACAUGCUGGAAGUGACCGUAAGGUGGAAGAGGGGUCUGGACUGGUGCUCCGCAGAUGAGACAGCCUCGUUCUCAGAGCCCCCGUGCAUCGUGCAGACGCUGCUGGUUUCAGCAUCCCAUAAUGCAUCCUGCUUAGCACAUCUGCUCAUCCAGGUGGAGAUUUAUCCCAACACGUCUGUAACCCACAAUGCAUCAGAGAACAUGACUGUCAUCCCUAACCAAGUCUAUCAGCCCCUGGGUCGCUGCCCGUGUGACUUGACAGCCAAGGCCUGUGACAUUCGGUGCUGCUGUGACCAGGACUGUCAGCCGGAAGUAAAAGAGCUGUUCAAAGGGUCCUGCUUCUCCGGUGUGUUUGGAGGGCACGUCAGCCCUCCGUCCCACCAUCGCUGUAAAGUCGGUACUACUCACCAGACUCCUGACUGGUUUCCCUUCCUGUGUGUGCAGUCGCCACCCUCCACCUCACCGUUCCUCGGUCACUUCUACCACGGUGGCACUUCCCCCAGAUAUUCCCCGGGCUUUGAAGCCCAUUUGCACUUCGACCUAAGAGACUUUGCUGACGCCAGUUACAAACAAGGAGAUCCCAUUAUGACCGCGGAGGGGUAUUUUACCAUCCCUCAGGUGUCUCUAGCUGGGCAGUGUCUACAGGAUGCUCCCGUGGCUUUCCUGAGGAAUUUUGACAGUAUAUGCAUCAUGGACCUGGAAGUGCACCAAGAGCGGGAUGGAAUUGUCCCAGAGAACAUGAAGAUCCGCACAGCAGGAGGUUUGGUCACACCAAAAGUAACCUAUGAGCAAGCCACUGACCUGGACAAGUUCAUCACCAGUCCAGACACAAUUUUAAGUGCGGGAUCGGCCCCCAGAAAUGUGAAUGUGGAAGAGCAUUAUGUUUUCAGAUGGCAAAAUAAUUCCAUCAGCGGCCUAGACAUCACAAUCAUCAGGGCAGAAAUCAGCACCAGCCAGAGAGGAACGAUGACCCAGAGAUUCACAGUGAAGUUUUUAAGCCAUAACAGUGGUGGUGAGAAGGAAUUUUCUGGAAAUCCAGGUUACCAGCUUGGCAAGCCAGUCCGAGCCCUGCAUACCAAUGGGAUGAAUGUCACCACGCUGCACCUCUGGCAGCCAGCUGGAAGGGGCCUAUGCACGUCAGCUGCUCUCAGACCCAUUUUAUUUGGAGAAAAUGCCUUCUCUGGCUGCCUAUUGGAAGUUGGGAUUAAGGAGAACUGUACGCAGCUCAGGGAGACAGUCCUUCAGAGGCUGGAUUUGCUGAUACAGGCAACGCAUGUUGCAAGGAGAGGCAACUCGGACUACAGUGAUCUGAGCGAUGGCUGGCUGGAGUUCAUACGUGCCGACGCCCCUGAUACAGGUGCCGACCUGCCCCUGAGCAGCGCAAAUGGCAUGUGCCCUGAAGUUCCAGCCCAGCUUUCCAUCUGCAUCUUUAUUGCUGAAGCUGGCUCUGUGGAAGGGGUGGCUCAGCGGGAGAUCCUGGCUGUGGAGACGAGGUUUUCCACAGUGACAUGGCAGUACCAGUGUGGGCUCACCUGUGAGGACGAGGCUGACCUUCUUCCUCUCAGUGCCUCUGUUCAGUUCAUUAACGUCCCUGCACAGAUGCCCCGCCCCCUGACGAGAUUCCAGAUCAACUUCACAGAGUAUGACUGUACCCGGAAUGAGCUGUGUUGGCCCCAACUUCUGUACCCUCUGACCCAGUAUUAUCAAGGGGAGCCCCGGUCUCAGUGUGUGGCCAAAGGCCUGAUGCUGCUGACACUCCUCAUGUUGGCUAUACUCCUCAGGCACCCUUGGGUUGGGAUGUGCAAAGCCUGGUACUCAGCUCCAACCUACCAUUAAGUUUUCUCGAAGACUCAGAGCAUCCACUCAGUGGCUCCCCAUAGGCCUGUGUGCCUCCCUGGAGGAUCAGAGCAUCCACUCAGUGGCUCCCCAUAGGCCUGUGUGCCUCCCUGGAGACUCAGAGCAUCCACUCAGUGGCUCCCCAUAGGCCUGUGUGCCUCCCUGGAGACUCAGAGCAUCCACUCAGUGGCUCCCCAUGGGCCUGUGUGCCUCUCUGGAGACUCAGAGCAUCCACUCAGUGGCUCCCCAUGGGCCUGUGUGCCUCUCUGGAGACUCAGAGCAUCCACUCAGUGGCUCCCCAUGGGCCUGUGUGCCUCUCUGGAGACUCAGAGCAUCCACUCAGUGGCUCCCCAUGGGCCUGUGUGCCUCUCUGAAGACUCAGAGCAUCCACUCAGUGGCUCCCCAUAGGCCUGUGCGCCUCCCUGGAGACUCAGAGCAUCCACUCAGUGGCUCCCCAUAGGCCUGUGCAUCUCCCUCGAGACUCAGAGCAUCCACUCAGUGGCUCCCCAUAGGCUUGUGUGCCUCUCUGAAGCCUGUUUGUUUGAGACAGGAUCUCUCUGUGUAGUCCCAGCUUGCUUCUGAGCUCACAGAGAUCUGCCUGUCUCUGCCUCUGGAGUGCUGGAUUAAAGGCACAGUCCACCAUGCCUGGCAUCUCUGAAAUACUUUUAAUAAACAAAAUGUCUAUUUUUGUAGAAAC